AUGGACUGCAAAGAAGAAAUCAGUGAUUCAGACAGUGGAAUCAUCCUAAAUUCUGGUCCCGACAGCCCUACAUCCCCUGUGAAGGAUUUAAGUAUUCACACACGGGCCAUGAGACUUAAACAGCAGGCUCUAGAGGACAGACUGGAGAUGUGUUUUCUAGAGCUGAAGAAACUUUGUGUCAGAGAGGCUGAACUUACUGGAAAGCUGCCACCUGACUAUCCAUUAUUGCAGAACGAGAAGCCUCCACAGAUACGGAGACGUGUGGGUGCCUCUUUUAAACUGGAUGAAGGCUUGCUUCAGGAAGGAGAGGAAUCAGUGCUGCAUGCACUAGAAGCAGAUCUGGCUCUCCAGAGGCAGAUUUAUGAGGCCUCCCGAAGGCUGUCCCUUGAGGAACACCUCAGCAAGCCAGUGAGGAAGAGUCGACUGCAGCAGUGCAAACGCGAGUUAAAGAAAAUGAAGGAGCUGCAGGAAGCUGUGCAGAAACAUUGCAGUAACCAUGGCUGUGUUUCACGACAGACAUGCCGUACCUCCAGACAGAGAGACUUGUCCAUAUCUGAUGACAGCUCUCUGUCAGAUGCUGCAGCCCUGGAUGAUGAUUUUGAAACAGGUCCGAUGUCCCCGAUGUCUCCUAUUUCUGGGGGCCGUUUACCCUUGCCGACAUUUACCCUUUCACCCCGCCGUUGUGCAAAGCAGACCGGUUCCAGCUCUAGCCUGGAAUAUGAGCGAUCACCUGUCCAAAAUACACCAUGGAAGGAAUCCAGUCUAGAUCAGCCCUACCAGAAACUGAAGAAGCCUUCCUCUGUCAGCAGCAGCAGGUCAAGCAGUCCAACAGACACAGUGUCUGACCUGAGACUGGAUGACAUUCCUCCUGCUCCGCAGUUCGUGUUUAAGAGUCUGGCAAUGCAGAAUAACAACUUUAACAGCGCCCCCACCACCCCAGAGCUGCCACUGCGCCGCCAUAUCUCCCAGUCAUUCAGGAUUUUAAGACCUAAGCCAGAUGUGAACAAACCAGGCUUGGACCUAAGUCGCGAAAGAACAAAGCUGCCACGUCGGCGGGUUACUGAUUUUGCCCUGGCUUAUUCAGUGCAGCGCCUUUAUCAAUGCAGCUCAGAAGACAGCAGUUCAGAGCACUCCAUAUCCUCCUUUAGUAGCUCAUCCAGCCGUGAAUCCACGACCGAGGCUACCAAAGCUCUCCCACCUCCUUAUGGGUAUCAUCGCACUCUUCAGAACAACUCUCAAAGCCAGCGCUCUGCUCCUAAGCUCCCUCCCCAAAACAACCAAACUGUAAACAAACCCAUCAACAGACAAACUGUCACCGGUUCCUGUCGGGAGAAGAGUCAGGAAAGGAUGUUGUCAGAGAAAGAAAAGGGGAAAAUGAACUUGCCGUCAGCCACACCAAACACAAAUAAACAACAGCAAGUGGACGUGACUUCUCCCAAGCGUAUGCCUCCACCUUACUCCAGUCUGGCUCGCACCACUUCACUGAGGGAGUACCCCAGUCACCAAGGCAGGUUGUUUCUUCGGGAUGUGGUCACAAAUGACCUCAAGACAUGGCAUCAGAAGAAUAAUGCAACAGAGAUGCUUCAGAAGCUUCAGCCACAGGAGCAGCAUAAGCCUAUAAAACGUACCCCCAAUAAAGAGCCGCCGGCCUACAACCAGAUACAGUCUCAAAGACAGACUCCUCAGAAAGUGAUCCUGCAGAGAGCCGCUGAUGGAACCCCUCUGCAGUGGUAUGAAAAACAAGACUGUGAGAUUGUAAGCCAAGUUUAAGCCUCAGUUAGCUGAACUAGACCAGCAUGUUUUAUUGACUUACGAUCAUCACUCAUCUGUAAUACACAUUGUUUAUAAUUUAUUUAUUGAGCCAAUGGACUCUGAUGCUGAUUAUAAUGAUAUUGUUUAAAAGGUAAAGCUGAGCCAAAUUAAUGUGGUACAGCUUUUUACC